AUGGUCGAUCAUAUCACCUCUGCGCCGGCGGGUGCCUCUGAAACCACCAAGGAUGGCCAUGACAGCACUCGCAAACCCUCGGCAGAGGCCCCGAGGGCGCAGCCUUUCUCGGGCGAGACGACUGACGACAUCUUUGGCGAGACGAGCGACGAGCUUCGCGAUGACAGGCUGAAGCAAAUCGCCGCCGAGGGCAACGCGCACUUUCAUCGCCUUGGUUGGAAGCGUCUCGCCAUUGUCACCAUCGUCGAGGCCGUCGCCCUCGGUGCCCUCAGCUUGCCCUCUGCGUAUGCCACGCUGGGCAUGUUCCCCGGCGUGUUUCUUACCAUCACACUGGGCAUGCUCGCCAUUUUCACGGCCUACAUCGUGGGACGGGUAAAGCUGGCCUACCCCGAAAUUUCGCAUUACGCCGAUGCAGGACGGGUCCUGUUUGGUCGCUUCGGCUACGAAUUGUUCGGCGCCGCCCUCGUUCUUGAGCUGGUCAUGGUGGUCGGAUCCCAUGCCCUCACCGGCAGCAUCGCGCUGGGCGAUCUCAACGGCGGACGCGUCUGCUCCAUCGCCUUCUCUGCCAUUUCGGCCAUCAUCCUCCUCAUCCUCGCGAUUCCGCCGUCCUUCACCGAGGUCGCCAUUCUUGGCUAUAUCGAUUUCGGAUCCAUCCUUGCGGCCGUCGCCAUCACCAUCAUCGCAACGGGCAUUCAGGCCCGCGAUGCCCCGGGUGGCCUUUCAGGGGUGCAAUGGUCCGCUUGGCCCAAGGAAGACAUUAGCUUCACCAAGGCUUUUGUCGCCGUGAGCAACAUCAUCUUUGCAUUUAGCUUUGCCAUUGGCCAGUUCUCGUUCAUGGACGAGAUGCACACGCCCAAGGAUUACAUGAAGUCUAUUUGGGCAUCCGGCUUUGCCCAGAUCGCCAUCUACACUCUGACUGGCGCGCUCUGCUAUGCCUUCGUGGGAGAUACCGUCCAGUCCCCCGCUUUGUUGUCUGCGGGCAAGACUGUCUCAAAGAUAGCCUUCGGAGUUGCCCUCCCCGUCAUCUUCAUUUCGGGCUCGAUUAAUUCAACCGUCGCGCUGCGCUAUAUUCACGGGCGCAUGUGGAAGAAGUCUAUUGUGAGGUAUAUCAAUACCCGCAAGGGAUGGACCGCCUGGAUCGGCGAGGUGACCGUGUUCACGAUUGUGGCGUGGGUCAUUGCUGAGGCGAUCCCCAUCUUCUCGGACCUCCUUUCCCUCGCGUCGGCACUGUUCGUGUCGGGGUUCUCCUUCUGGAUUCCUGCCAUUAUGUGGUUCAAGCUUCUCUGCAAGGGCCAUUGGUUUUCGCGGGAAAACUGCCUCAUCAGCUUGGGCUGCAUCCUGGCCUUCAUCGUGGGAGUGGUGACGCUAGGUGCAGGCACCUACGCGACCAUUGACGACAUUAUCAAGAUGACGCGCGACGGAUCUUCUCAUGCGCCCUUUGCAUGCCGACAGGGAUAG